UCUAAAACAUAUGGUUCAUUGCCUCAAGGACUGACUCUAAAACAAGAUGGCGCUACAACCUUUUCGGGACGAGCAGUUACACUAUUUCAAAUUCGCCUCCAUUGUACUGAAUGAGUUCCCAAAGGCCUUACGUAAGCCGUUCAAGUUCAUGUGGGACAACAGAUUGACACAUCAUCCCGGUCACCAAUUGUGGGAUGACUCCACUACAGUUAGAAAUUUAUUUCUCGCUUUAGAGGGUGGCCCUGGCAAAACCAGAGUUCCCACAAAUGUCUCCUAUGAAGAAUGGGAUUGUACCGCCCUGUUCCAGGCCACCGUCUACGCCAAGUCUUUUGCUUUGCCAGACAGUACAGGUCAUCACAAGACGCUAAAUGAGCUGUUCAUUAAACCUCGAAAACUGGCUCAGGGAGUGUUCCAUGCUUCGGUGACGAGCUCGAGCGGAAACAAUGAAGAAACUUUUGCUCUUGCGAUUGAUCAGCUUCGACUCUUAAGAAACUCGCUUUGUCACUCGAACACCUCUGAAAUUGUUAAAGCCACCUUUGACCAGUACGUACAGUACGCUAAAGACGCAUUCAAUGCUCUUGGUGUCAAGACGGACCCUAUUGAUGCCAUUGGUGGUUUAAAAGAGUCAGAAUUACCAACAAAUGAGGUUCGUAAACUAGAAGAACGUAUCAGACAGGAAUCUCGGGCUAUUGUAAGUUUUCUACGAGAACAGAUAAGUUUUCUACAAGAACAGAUAAGUUUUCUACAACAACAGAAUCAAUUUCAACACCAACAUAUCAGUUUUCUAGAACAACGUGUGAGCUUGGAUUUGAAAGCCUUGAUGAGUCACAGUAUGGAAAAAUUGCCAACUAAAGACGAAAUGCUAAAUAUGCUGGCACAAGUGGCCACUUCUAAACAGGAGCCAGAUGUUGCUCACCAGGACAGGAAACGGAAAGAAAACGCUAGCUCACCACGAGGCGUCUGGAGGAAAGAAAUUUCAACUGUGGUUUCAUAUCUCAAGUCAAGUGACUUUGUCUCAGCUCUUCAGUCUGCACAACGUUCAACAGACACCACACGAAAGCUUUUUGGAGAAGAGGACCCUAGCACAGCUAACAUGUAUUUGUUACUCGGGAGCCUACAAAGGCACGAAGGUAACUUUACAUCAGCUCUUCACUCUUCCCAGCUUGCACUUUACAUAACUCGAAAGUUGUUCGGCGAAGCACAUUCAGACACAGCCCAAAGCUACCUUUCUCUUGCGCUCGCACAACAUUCUUUAGGCGAUUAUGAUUCAGCACUUGAGUCUGCCAAGUGUGCCCUGGACAUCAGACGACAGUUAUUCGGCGAGGAUGACUCAAACACCGCAGAGAGUUACUAUGUUUUAGGGGUCUUACAGCAUUCCAUGGGUAAAUAUACCUUAGCCCUUCAGUCUAAACAACGAGCCCUUCACAUAAGAAGAAAGUUGUUCGGCGAGGAACACUCAGACACAGCUCAAAGCUACGAUUCCGUAGGGGUCACACAACAUUCCUUGGGUCAUCAAAGAUCAUCCCUUCAUUCUAAACAGCGAGCCCUUGACAUAAGAAGAAAAUUGCUCGGCGAGGAACACUCAGACAUAGCUCGAAGCUGCGAUUCCGUAGGGGUCACACAGCAUUCCUUAGGUGAUCUUACAUCAGCCCUUCAGUCUAAACAACAAGCCCUUGACAUAAGAAGAAAGCUGUUUGGCGAGGAACACUCAGACACAGCUCGAAGCUACAAAUCCAUAGGGGCCACACAGCAUUCUAUAGGUGAUCAUAUAUCAGCCCUUCAUUCUCAACAGCGAGCCCUUGACAUAAGAAAAAAGUUGUUCGGCGAGGAACACUCAGACACAGCUCAAGGCUACGAUUCCGUAGGGGUCACACAGCAUUCCUUAGGUGAUCUUACAUCAGCCCUUCGGUCUAAACAACGAGCCCUUGACAUAAGAAGAAAGUUGUUUGGCGAGGAACACUCAGACACAGCUCGAAGCUACGAUUCCGUAGGGGCCACACAGCAUUCCUUAGGUGAUCUUACAUCAGCCCUUCAUUCUCAACAGCGAGCCCUUGACAUAAGAAGAAAAUUGCUCGGCGAGGAACACUCACACACAGCUCAAAGCUGCGAUUCCGUAGGGGUCACACAGCAUUCCUUAGGUGAUCUUACAUCAGCCCUUCGGUCUAAACAGCGAGCCCUUGACAUAAGAAGAAAGUUGUUUGGCGAGGAACACUCAGACACAGCUCGAAGCUACAAAUCCGUAGGGGCCACACAGCAUUCCUUAGGUGAUCUUACAUCAGCUCUUCAUUCUCAACAGCGAGUCCUUGACAUAAGAAAAAAGUUGUUCGGCGAGGAACACUCAGACACAGCUCGAAGCUACGAUUCCGUAGGGGCCACACAGCAUUCCUUAGGUGAUCUUACAUCAGCCCUUCAGUCUAAACAACGAGCCCUUGACAUAAGAAGAAAGUUGUUCGACGAGGAACACUCAGACACAGCUCAAAGCUACGAUUCCGUAGGGGCCACACAGCAUUCCUUAGGUGAUCUUACAUCAGCCCUUCAUUCUAAACAGCGAGCCCUUGACAUAAGAAGAAAGUUGUUUGGCGAGGAACACUCAGACACAGCUCAAAGCUACCAUUCCUCUCAUCAGCGAGCCCUUGCUAUAAGACUUAAGUUGUUCGGCGAGGAACACUCAGGUACAGCACAAAGCUAUUAUUCCGUAGGAGUCACAAAACAUUCUUCAAGUGACUACACCGCUGCCCUUCAGUCUAAACAGCAAGCUCUUGGCAUGAGAAGAAAGUUGUGCAGAGAGGAACAUUCCGACACAGCUUAA